AUGUCAAAGUACUUUGCUAAUAUCGUGGAACUCCCACCUGAUCCACUCUUCGGGUUAAAGGCAAGAUUCACGCAAGACUCAAGAGACAACAAGGUUGACUUGGGUAUCGGUGCCUACAGAGAUAAUAACGGUAAGCCAUGGAUCUUACCAGCUGUCAAAUUGGCUGAAAAGAAAUUGGUGGCCAAACCAGACUACAAUCACGAAUACUUGGGUAUUUCAGGCUAUCAGCCAUUCUUGACUGAGUCUGCAAAGGUCAUCUUGGGACCAGAUUCUCCUGCUAUACUUCAUGACAGAGUGAUAUCGCAACAAUCCUUGUCAGGAACAGGUGCUUUGCAUUUGGCUGGUAAGUUCUUGAAGGACUUUUACACCGUUGAUGGUCUCAAUUCCAAGGCUCCUGCCUCUGUUCCAAUUUACCUCUCCAAGCCAACCUGGGCCAACCACAACCAAAUUUUCCAGUCUUUGGGUUACGAAAUAAAGUCAUACCCUUACUGGAAUAAUGAUACCAAGACAUUGGACAUCGAUGGCUUCUUGCAGGCUAUUCGUGAUGCUCCAACUGGUUCUAUCUUCCUUCUCCACGCUUGUGCCCACAACCCUACUGGAUUAGACCCCACUGCGGAUCAAUGGAAGCAAAUCCUUAAAGAAAUCCUGAUAAAUAACCACUUGCCACUUUUCGAUCUGGCCUACCAAGGAUUUGCAUCUGGUAAUUUGGAUAAGGAUAACUUUGCUGUAAGAUUGGCUAUUGAGGAUGAAAAUUUGAAGGUACCAAUUGUCAUUUGUCAAUCGUUUGCCAAGAAUGUCGGUAUGUACGGUGAAAGAGUAGGGGCAAUCCAUGUUAUAGUCAAGGAAAAGAACCCUACUUUAAACAGAGCCAUCAGAUCUCAGUUGAAUAAGUUGAUUAGAUCCGAAAUCUCCAAUCCUCCAGCAUACGGAGCUAAGGUCGUUGCAGAAAUCUUAACUGACAAAACACUUAGAGCCCAGUGGGAAGAAGAUUUGACUACUAUGUCUUCCAGAAUUAUCAAGAUGAGAAAGAGCUUAAGAGAAUUGUUGAUUUCCUACAAGACUCCAGGAAAUUGGGACCAUAUUGUGAAUCAAACUGGUAUGUUUUCAUUUACUGGAUUAACCCCAGAGAUGGUUGCCAGAUUGGAAAAGACCCAUGGGGUUUACUUGGUGAGCUCUGGUAGAGCUUCAGUUGCUGGAUUGAAUGAUGGAAACGUCGAACAGGUUGCCAAGGCAUUUGAUGAAGUUGUUAGAUACUACAAACCAAAGUUAUAA